GAGAGGGGAGGCAGGGCGGUCGAAGAAUAGGCGUUUACGAAUUCAAGCUCUGUCCAGACUAGAGGCUCACCUGUUAGGCGCAAGACAUGAGCCAUCCAAAUGAGAAAGAUGCCUCGGGUACAAUCGAAAGUAAACCUAAAUCGCCCAUGCUUUCAUCAUACUGCAUCGAAAGCAUUCUCGGCCGACGAAGUCCCCUCAAAGUCAGACUCACAGGAAUGCAAAGUUUACCAAUGCUACUGACUGGGAGUGCGGAGCAUAAUGCGCCUUUGGAAGCCUCUCAGAAAGAUGCGGACAUGCACUUGCCCCCCAAGUUGCAGCGUCUGUAUGGCCCAGGGGGAAAGCUCAUGGAUUCCAGACGGGGUAUUCACGAGAAUGAGGAGCAAGAACAGAAGGAGCGUCCUCUAGACAAAGUCUACGAAAAUCUGAAAAUCACCCAGGCGCCACAAGUUAGCAUCAGCCGCAGUAAAUCAUACAGGGAAAACGCGUCCCACAGUCAGAGCGAUGAAGAUAGGAACCUCGGGCGACGGACAGAGGAGCACGCGGAGCUUGGCGCCCUAAAGUUCGAGGAGGACACUGGCAAGGAGCUUAUCUGCGAAGACACAGAAAUAUCCCCAAAGAACGGAGAGACUUUGUACAUCAAUGGAGAUGUAAAAGACGGAGAGGACAGCGUGUGCCUCUCAGCUGGCAGUGACUCAGAGGAGGGGAUGCUAAAGCGAAAACAGAGGAGAUACAGGACUACGUUUACCAGUUAUCAGCUUGAGGAGUUGGAGAGAGCUUUCCAGAAGACGCACUACCCGGAUGUGUUCACGAGGGAGGAGUUAGCGAUGCGGUUGGAUCUCACUGAGGCUCGUGUGCAAGUGUGGUUCCAAAACCGGCGAGCUAAGUGGCGGAAGCGGGAGAAAGCCGGGGUUCCGACUCACCCCCCAGGACACCCCUUCUCUGGACCCCUGGGUGCAGCACACCAUUUGAGCCACUACCUGGAGGGAAGUCCUUUCUCGCCCCACUCUCACCCCUCCCUGGAGUCUGCCUGGACUGCUGCAGCCACCUCGUUCCAGGGUCUGAACCAGCCCCUUGCCAGCUCUGCCUCCCCCCUGGGAUUUGGCCCCUUCCUGGGAGCAGCCAUGUUUAGACACCCCACCUUUAUUAGCCCCUCCUUUGGAAGACUCUUCUCUAGCAUGGGUCCUCUGACACUCUUACGCCAGCCCAUACCCGCUGUAGAGACUCCAGUCCAGCCCCCGAUGGCAUUGUCAGAGCCCUCCCCCUCCUCGCCUGUGGACCGCCGGGCCUCCAGCAUCGCAGCACUGCGGCUCAAAGCUAAAGAGCACUCAGCUCAGCUGACACAACUCAACAUCCUACCUUCCAGCAUGACUGGGAAGGAGGUGUGUUGAGAGACAUCAAAUUCCCUCCAAUUCCCCAGACAUGGAGCAUGAGUCAUGACCAAAGGAAUAGCAGCUUAGAAGUGGUAUAGCACAACUUAACCUUGUCUAAACUCCUCCCCAGUUAGUUGUCCUAAAGUUCUGUUACCCCACACUCUCCACAACAGUGAAACAUGCUUUCCUCAUGAACUGAAGAAGAGAGAUGUAUUUUUUAUUUUGGUAAGUGGACUCCCUGCCCUUUCACCCUCAGGAAUGACCCGUUAGCAGCUUCUCACAGGGUGCUAUGCAGUGUUUACCAACUCCAGUAUCCACAACAGCACACAUUUUUGUUGUAGCCCUGGACAAAAACACCCAAUUCAAUUAGUCAAGGGCUUGACGAUUAGUUGACAACUAGAAUCAGGUGUGAUUGUCCGGGGCCACAACAAAAAAAAACAUGUACUGUUGGGGAUACUGGAGGACCGGAGUUGGAAAAACACUGUGCUUACAAGCCACCAAAGGGAUAGAUCUAGGCCCUGGAGAGGUUCAAAUGGAGAGAAAUGCUGUAGACUACAGACUGUGUAAGUUUAGAUAUCAUAUAAUGUACAUUUCAUGUAUUGAUAACAUGGUGUCUGUUGAUAGAUUUUCGCAGUCUUCUUAAAUUAGUUGGUUAUUCAAGUUUGUAUUUAUGAUCAGUCCUGUAUGAGCCAGAAGGAAGUUUUCAGGAGGAACAUUGAAUUUUAUUUUAAAAACGAUUUCCUGGUUUCAGAUGAAUCAGUUGAAAAAAAAACUAAGACAAUAAACUGUCAACUGGAAAAACGUUUCA